GCAUUAGUAUCUUGAGCUUGGUAUAUUCAGCCUGUCACUCAACUCCAGACUCUUCAUCGCGUGAACACUAGACCAUGCCUUCGGCUAUCGUUACUGGUGCUACGGGCAUAACUGGUAGUGCCAUUGUCCACCACCUGUGCAAAGACUCUUCCUAUGACAAGAUUUACUCGCUUUCCCGGAGUAAUCCGGGCUACCAGGAUUCCAAGAUUCAACAUGCAACCCUCGACCUUCAAGCUAGUGCAGAUGAUAUGGCGAAGACUCUUGAGGGCAUCUCCGCUGAGUAUAUCUACUUCUGCGCCUAUCUGGCACGGGAUGACCCUGCGGAAUCAUCUCGCGUCAAUGGCGUUAUGCUUUCAAACUUUAUCGAAGCUCUGGAGACAACAGGGGCAAUCAAGAACUUAAAGCGCUUCGUCCUCACUUGUGGAUUUAAGCAUUACGGUGUGCAUCUCGGUAACUGUAAACAGCCCCUUCUGGAGGAUGACCCCAUCCUGGAUGGUAACAAGGGCGGGGUUCCCUGGCCCCCUAUCUUUUACUACAACCAGGAGCGCAUUCUUUCCGAGGCCGCUAGUCGCGGUCGGUGGGAAUGGAUCGUCACACUCCCCGAAGACGUCUUGGGAUAUGCACGAGGGAACUUUAUGAAUGAAGCUACUGCUCUAGGUCUAUACUGUGCUGUUAGCAAAGUUCUCCCUGGCUCAGAACUGCCGUUCCCCGGGUGCAAAGCGAACUACUUUGCUUUCAACUGCUGGACCUCGGCCAACCUACAUGCCAAAUUCUGUCUCUGGGCUGCGACCGCAAAGAAUGCGGGUAACAACAUCUUCAAUGUGAUGAACGGGGAUACGGAAUCGUUUCAAAAUCUCUGGCCUCGCCUUGCGGCUCGCUUCGGUUGUAAAAUCCCCAAUCCUAUGUUCCCCAAUGGUGGGAUCCCGGACACGAAAGGUUUCAAAGAUUUUGAGUCCACCACAGUUCGGAUGCCAAACAAGCAUCCGCUGACUGUCCGUGGGGUAGACAUUGGCGUUUCUCUCCACCCAGAGAAACAAGAAACUCCAACCUUAUUCCUCCAGGUUGACCCAGAAAAAUGGGCGAAACGGCGCGAUGUCAAUGAAGCAUGGACCAAGAUACGAGAUAUUUACAAACUUGACCAAGUGGCGUGGGACAAGGCUACAUGGGACUUUUUAACAUUUGUCUUGGGCAGAGACUGGAGCUGCGUAGGUAGUAUGAGUAAGGCUAGAAAGUUAGGCUGGACAGGUUAUGCUGAUACUUGGGAUGAGUUGGAGGAGACAUUCAAGAUCUUGGAAAAGGAAGGAAUCUUGCCACCUGUGGAGCAACUGAAAAGAGAUUUCUAAUCAACCUAUUUCGGUCUAUGGUCUAGGGUUAAGUCAGGUUGUGUCGGCAGGGACUAAAUAGGAAAUGUAUGAGUACGCCCUACGCCCUACGCCUCGCUGCACCCUUCGAAGCACGCCCUACAUUCCAAGGCGAACCUGAUGAGGUCUUAGUUUAUGAUAUGCUAUAGUUAUAAUGUAACGACAUAUGAGGGUUAGGCGUUACACACUCUAUGCAGUUUUUCUUGUGAUCGAACUGUUUUAUCGGUUAUGGCUGAGGGGUUUUAUC